AUGAACCAAUUAAUUAAAUUUAAUAAUAUUAGAGUUUUAUUUUUAAAUUCAAAUAAAAUUUCAACCAAAUGUUCAUAUUCAACAUCAAAUAAUAACAAUUCACCAUUUUCAAAAAAUAGUGAUAAAAAAAUUGAAAUUUCAAAAGAGAACCAAAAAAUAUUAGAAGAAAUAGAAGCUGAAGUUGAAGAAUUUGAUGUUGCCCCAUACGUUAACCCAAAGACUGGUGAAGUUGGUGGCCCAAGAGGUCCAGAACCAACUCGUUAUAAUGACUGGGAAAGAGCUGGUAGAGUUUCAGAUUUUUAA